GACAUCCAGAACAAGCGCUUCUACCUGGACGUGAAGCAGAACGCCAAGGGCCGCUUCCUGAAGAUCGCGGAGGUGGGCGCCGGGGGCAGCAAGAGCCGGCUGACGCUCUCCAUGUCGGUGGCGGUGGAGUUCCGAGACUACCUGGGCGACUUCAUCGAGCACUACGCGCAGCUGGGCCCCAGCCAGCCUCCCGAGCUGGCGCAGGCCGCGGACGAGCCCCGGCGGGCCUUGAAGAGCGAGUUCCUGGUGCGGGAGAACCGCAAGUACUACAUGGAUCUGAAGGAGAACCAGCGCGGGCGGUUCCUGCGCAUCCGGCAGACGGUCAACCGCGGGCCCGGCCUGGGCUCCACGCAGGGCCAGACGAUCGCCCUGCCGGCCCAAGGCUUGAUCGAGUUCCGCGACGCCCUGGCCAAGCUCAUCGACGACUACGGGGUGGAGGAGGAGCCGGCCGAGCUGCCCGAGGGCACCUCCUUGACGGUGGACAACAAGCGGUUCUUCUUCGACGUGGGCUCCAACAAGUACGGCGUCUUCAUGCGGGUGAGCGAGGUCAAGCCCACCUACCGCAACUCCAUCACCGUCCCGUACAAGGUGUGGGCCAAGUUCGGCCACACCUUCUGCAAAUACUCGGACGAGAUGAAGAAGAUCCAGGAGAAGCAGAGGGACAAGCGGGCCGCCGCCGCCGCCGCCGCCUCCUCGUCCUCUUCCGGGGGAGGGGAUCAGCAGCCGCCGGAGACCGAGAGCAGCGGCAGCCCCGCGGCCACCGCCGGCCCGCCGGGAGCCUUGCUGCAGGCCGAGGAGCCGGAGGAGGAUUGAUCUCCAUCCCUCCUUUUUCCAUCCUCCUCCCCACUUCCCUCCUCUCCACUUGGCUGCCUCCUCCCUGCCCUGCUGCACAGAGACACUUGUAAUAAUAACGAUAACAACAACACCAACAACAACAACACACAGAGAGAGACUUUUAUACUGUAAAGCGAGAGAGAAAGAGAGAGAGAACCGACACCCACACAACGAAAACCAACACAUGCAGUUAACUACUAUACCUGUUGUUAUGACUCCAAGGGGAGCACCACCCAACCACCCACCUACCACCAAAACUGACAGCCGCGCUCAAGCAACUCCUUUCUCUCCACUCCCAUCGCUGGAUUGUUCCUUCCACUCUUGCCCAUCGUAUAAAACAGUAAGCAGCUGCUAAAAACAAAACAAAAAAAAUUACAAAAAAAGUAAUAACAUUAUAUAUGAUGAACUGUGUUUCCUACUUGAUUAAAAAUAUAAAGAACUGAGUGUUUAUUUCCCUAAUUAACCAAGAACUUUUGUACACGUUUAAGCUAUUAUUAUUAUUAAAAAAAAGUGUUUGCAAAAAUGGUCAAGAUUAAAAUAUUGCUGAAUUAUAUUAAAAGAGAGAAAAUGUCCUUUUCAUGUUGAGCUAACAUUUGACUUUAGCACAAAAAAAGAGAUAUUUUAGAACACGUAAAAUAAUAUUUUUAGUUUUUCUUCUCAUUUUGUUACCAAAUUUCAAAACCUUUCAUGGAGGUUAUUAUAGUAUAUUUGACACCCUAUAUACCUGUGAUUAGAGAUGUGUAUAUAUAUAUGAGGGCUAGGCAUGCUGUGUGUCUGAGCUUUGUCUAAAUGUUAUGCAGAAGUCUGUAGAGUUAAAAGGUACGUAGGUUUAAUUCAUGCAAGGUAAACAAUAAGUGCUCUCUUUUAUACAAUAUGCAUUGCAUCUGGACCUUAAACAUAUAAAAUGGUCAGUGAAACUUCUGUGAACAUGAAGAAAAAUUAUUAAAAAGGCAUUUAAAUGAAA